GCCGCAGGCCGUAGUAGUAGUAGUAGCAGCCUAGGAAGCUUCGCGGCAGCUUCGUCCGCAGGCCGCGACCCCAACCCGAAUUCCAUUUCAAGAGGACGAGGACCUCGUCGUCCUCUCCGUCCUCCAUCCACACCGCCUUCUUCUUCUUCUUCUUCUUCUUCUUCUUCUUCAACUCCCCUCCUCCCCUCACCACCAACUUGCAGCACAAGCCGAAGCAGAGCAGAGGAGACGCACCGACCCACCCCGCCCCGACCGACCGCCGCGCAUGCGGUUCCCACCUCCUCCACCCCACCACCACUACCCGUAGCCGUAGGUAGGGACCGUCGGGGCCCACGCCGAACAACUUCCGGGACCGCGACGACUCCUCCUCGUCGGUCGCCGCCGUCCUUCCUCUCCCACCGCCACCGCCGCCGCCGCCCGGACUCCGACAACUCCGCCGCACCCGCUUCACCCGUCCCCGCUCCCCCCGCGUGGGCAGGGCAUUGCCAUCCCCUGCUUCCGCUUCAGCCGGCCCCACCGAGUCCGACGACGGCGAUGGGCGAGGCGGCGCCACCGGUGCCCGCCGCGACGGACCCGGACGACGACAUGACGGCGUUCCCGGCGUGGGCGCGGACGGUGUCGGACUGCGAGGCGCGGCUGGGGGUGUCCAUCACCCGGGGCCUCUCCUCCUCCGAAGCCGCGGAGCGGCUACGCGCCUACGGUCCCAACGAGCUGGCGGAGCACCCGGGCCCGUCGCUGCUGCGGUUGCUGCUGGACCAGUUCGAGGACACGCUGGUGCGCAUCCUGCUGGCCGCCGCCGCCGUCUCCUUCGUCCUCGCGCUCUCCUCCUCGACCGCCUCUGGGUCCGCGCCGACGCUCGCCGCCUUCGUCGAGCCGCUCGUCAUCUUCCUCAUCCUCGUCGUCAACGCGGCAGUCGGGGUGUGGCAGGAGGCCAACGCGGAGCGGGCGCUGGACGCGCUGCGGGAGAUCCAGUCCCACCACGCCGCCGUGCUUCGCGACGGCGGAUGGGUGCCCGCGCUGCCCGCGCGGGACCUCGUCCCGGGCGACGUCGUGCAGCUCCGUGUUGGGGAUAAGGUCCCCGCCGACAUGCGCGUCGCGCGCCUGCUCACCUCCACGCUACGACUCGAGCAAGGGUCGCUGACUGGGGAGACGGCGUCCGUCAACAAGACCUCCCGCGCGGUGCCCGUGGAGGAUGCUGAUAUCCAGGCGAAGGAGUGCAUGGUGUUCGCGGGCACCACCGUCGUCAACGGCGCGGCGCUCUGCAUCGUCGCGCGCACCGGGAUGGCCACGGAGAUCGGCGCCAUCCACGCGCAGAUCCACCAGGCGUCGCAGGAGGAGGACGACACGCCGCUCAAGAAGAAGCUCAACGAGUUCGGGGAGGCGCUCACCAAGAUCAUCGGACUCAUCUGCGCGCUCGUCUGGCUCAUCAACGUCAAGUACUUCCUCACCUUCGACCUCCAGGGGGGGUGGGUGCCCAGGAACGUGAAAUUCUCAUUCGAGAAGUGCACCUACUACUUUGAGAUCGCCGUCGCGCUCGCCGUCGCCGCCAUACCCGAGGGCCUGCCCGCCGUCAUCACCACCUGCCUCGCGCUCGGGACCAGGAAGAUGGCUGCCAAGAAUGCGCUCGUCAGGAAGCUGCCUAGCGUCGAGACCCUCGGCUGCACCACCGUCAUCUGCUCCGACAAGACCGGGACGCUCACCACCAACAAGAUGUCAGUGGCCAAGCUCGUGGCCAUCGGCGAUUCUUCACAGGAGGUUAGGAGCUUCAAGGUGGAUGGUACGUCCUACGAUCCCCAGGACGGGAAAAUUCACGAUUGGCCUGCUGGGAGCAUCGAUGCCAACCUCGAGACGAUCGCUAAGGUCGCAGCUGUGUGCAACGAUGCCAAUGUGGCACUUUCUUCGCAGCAGUAUGUUGCCACUGGAAUGCCAACAGAGGCAGCUCUAAAGGUUCUGGUUGAGAAAAUGGGCCUGCCUGGAGGAAAGAAUGGUCUGUCCUUGGAUCCGUCUGAGACAUUAGGCUGCUGCAAAUGGUGGAACAAUGUUGCCAAAAGGAUUGCUACCCUCGAGUUUGACCGCACAAGGAAAUCAAUGGGUGCCAUUGUGAAAACCAGUUCAGGAAGCAAUGCCCUUCUCGUGAAGGGAGCUGUUGAAACUUUACUUGAACGAAGUAGCCACAUUCAACUGAAGGAUGGUUCCGUGGUGCCAUUAGAUGAUAAAGCAAAGAAAACUGUCCUGGCAAGCCUCCAUGAGAUGUCAACAAAAGCUCUGCGCUGCCUCGGUUUUGCAUACAAGGAGGAUCUAGCAGAAUUUGCAACAUAUGAUGGUGAAAACCAUCCUGCUCAUAAGCUCUUGCUGGAUCCAGCCAAUUAUGCAGCUAUUGAGACUGACCUAAUAUUUGCGGGUCUUGUAGGCCUAAGGGACCCUCCCAGGGAAGAGGUCUAUGAUGCUAUUGAAGAUUGUAGAGCUGCAGGCAUCCGUGUUAUGGUGAUAACAGGGGACAACAAAGAAACUGCUGAGGCAAUAUGCCGUGAAAUUGGUGUGUUUUCACCUGAUGAGGAUAUCACCUUCAAGAGCCUUACAGGGAAGGAGUUCAUGGCACUUGAGGACAAGAAGACACUGCUACGCGGGAAAGGUGGCCUUCUGUUCUCUAGGGCAGAACCUAGGCACAAACAAGAGAUUGUGAGGUUGUUGAAAGAAGAUGGGGAAGUUGUCGCCAUGACUGGAGAUGGAGUCAAUGAUGCCCCUGCUCUGAAACUGGCUGACAUUGGUAUAGCAAUGGGCAUUACAGGAACUGAGGUUGCCAAAGAAGCCUCUGACAUGGUGUUGGCUGAUGACAAUUUCAGCACUAUAGUUUCUGCAGUUGGUGAAGGAAGAUCUAUUUACAACAACAUGAAAGCUUUCAUAAGAUACAUGAUCUCCUCAAACAUUGGUGAAGUUGCUUCUAUUUUCCUAACUUCUGCCUUGGGCAUUCCUGAGGGGUUGAUACCUGUUCAACUUCUGUGGGUCAAUCUUGUCACCGAUGGUCCCCCUGCAACUGCUUUAGGUUUCAAUCCACCUGACAAGGACAUCAUGAAGAAGCCACCUAGGAGGAGCGAUGAUUCACUGAUCACUCCCUGGAUUUUGUUCCGCUACCUGAUAAUUGGCCUUUAUGUUGGGAUUGCAACUGUUGGCAUCUUCGUCAUAUGGUACACACAUGGGUCUUUCAUGGGGAUUGACCUUACUGGAGAUGGUCACACUCUUGUCAGUUACUCACAGCUUUCAAACUGGGGCCAGUGCUCUUCCUGGGACAACUUCACGGCUUCACCUUUCACCGCUGGAACUAAAACUUUCACAUUUGAUGACCCAUGCGACUACUUCCACACAGGAAAAGUGAAGGCAACAACGCUGUCCCUCUCUGUCCUGGUGGCAAUCGAGAUGUUCAACUCGCUCAAUGCUCUCUCUGAAGACAGCAGCCUGCUCACUAUGCCGCCAUGGGUGAACCCGUGGCUGCUCGUUGCGAUGUCGGUGUCGUUCGGGCUCCACUUCCUGAUCCUCUACGUGCCAUUCCUUGCAACAGUGUUUGGCAUCGUUCCACUGAGCCUGAACGAGUGGCUGCUGGUCCUGCUGGUCGCUCUCCCGGUGGUGCUCAUCGACGAGGUUCUCAAGUUCGUGGGAAGGUAUACAAGCUCUCCAGGCCCCAAGAGGCGGUCGAGGAAGCAGAAGGGCGAGUAAAGCGCUAACAUUGACUCAGUGCUCAGUUACUAAACCAUUCCAUUAAUCAUGUAAAGAUGAGCGUCAGAGAAAAAUGUUCUCAAGCUCCAAAUUAUUCAAUCAAUAUAUCAAUACAGGAAAAGUGCAGAUGAUAGCUCAUUUUCAAUGUUUCUCUUUCUCCACCUAACACUAAAACAGCAACAGAAGUAGCUUCUUUGUUCUCAAAACAAGUGGUUAGUUGGCAACUUAUAUUAUCCUGUGAAUUAUGUAGCGUUGAGUCAGAACUUCAGAUGAUACUUUUCAGUUUUUUUGGCUGCAAGACAUGUGAAGCAGGGAUACAAUACAGCAAUUAUGCAAGGGACUAUACCUUAUUAUGCUUUUAGAUUGACUAA